UGACUCUUGACCGUUCGGUUUCUGUGUUUUUUUUAAAUUUUGUGCAAUAAGAAGCAAUCUAGAUUUAUGUCAGCUCAUCAAUUUCAUUAGCGCCCAGCAGUAUCUAUACAUCAGAGCUUUGUUGCAUGCCUUUUGUAUUUAUAUCGUAAGUAUAUCAUGGGUUGAUGGGAAGUUGUCUAUUUUCUUAAAGAUAAUAGUAUAGAAGCAGUGCCUGAUAAAUGGGUCAAAAAAGAUCUUUGUGCUUGGCCGAAAUCAUCAAAAAAUAUAAAAAAAGUUAAUUAAAAACCGAUACAAGCCAAAUAAAACAGAUUUUUUUUAUUAUCCAGCACGUAUCUUGGGAACAAAAAACUGCAACAUUAGCUGAAGCACAAGCCAAACUCUCAAGAGCAACUACAAAUUCGGACUUGUCUACUACAACAGAAGAUGAGGUAAAAAAAAAAAAAGAAAACAUUUAAUUCAUCUGCAGGAUUAGUUGACAUGCAUUUUCCACCACCUAUGUAUAAAGAUUAUUGCUCUAAAGUAACAAAAUCAAAACAUGAUGUUGAAUCUAUAUUCAAUAUUGACAAUCGCGAAUCACUGAGUGAUAAUAAUGAUGAUAAUAUUGCUGAUGAUAAUGAUGAUUCAGAUUGUGAUCCAACGUGGGGAAAUGCACGCAUCAUAAGCAAUAAAGGUAGUGAUGAUUCAAAUUCAGAAGAAAAUAUUUUGAUCCAAUCCUCAUCAAAUGCUGUAUUUUUUUCACCAAACACCCAAGUUUGGAAGGUCAAUCAUUUAAAUAGAUAUGAACAAACUGAAAUAGCACCAAAUUUUCAAGGAGUACACAAAUCACUUGGAAAAUGGAAUAUAUCAAGUACUAACAACCAAACUGAAGAUGCAGAAGCAUUGAAACAUGUAACAAAAACUUUGGUUUUGGAUGCAAAUAAUAAAAACCUUAAUAAAAAUGUGAAUGAUGAUAUUGAUCCGGACAAAAUUAUGCUGGCCCAGCGCUAUGCCACGGUUUAUGGCGUACCUAUCCGAUGAAAUUGUUGGAGACUCUUUCAAACUGGGCAAUCUGAUAAACGGUGACGUGAUCGUUACUUCGCGGCCAUCAUAGGGUAGACCAGAAUACACAAAAAUGUAAGUCAUCGGGCUGUCGGCUGUAUGUAUGAUAAAGUCCUGGAAGUGGGAAUUACAAUAGCCAUCCACCAGAUAACUUUGACAUUGAAACUGAUAGCGAUGACAAUAAUUAUGAAUUACCAGCUUAUGAUUCUGGUGAUAAUAAUUCCAGUACAAAUAACAUUAAUUCUCUGUCUAAGAAA